AUGGUCGGCUACGUCGAGUCUCUCACGGAUCCAUCGUACGAGGGCCAGAUCCUUGUGCUAACGUACCCAAUGGUUGGCAACUACGGCGUGCCAGCACGCCCGACUGACGCCGCGGCCAUGACACAGGUGCCGCCAAAGCUGCAAGCGCCCUUCGAGUCGACGCGCAUCCACGUGGCGGGUCUGGUCGUUGCAUACUAUAGCCAUGACUUUAGCCACUACCUGGCCGCUUCGGGCUUGAGCGACUGGCUGAAGGAAAAUGGUGUGCCAGCCGUAUAUGGUAUCGACACGCGUGCGCUCACAAAACGGAUCCGGACGAAGGGUAGCAUGCUGGCGCGUCUUCUCGCCGCCAGGCCUGGCGCUUCUCUGGGAGGCGAUUGGCGCGAGCAAGUGCUGGACGUGCCGUGGCACAAUCCUAAUGGUGAAAACCUUGUGGCUAAAGUGUCGUGCAAGAUGCCGAUGCUGUAUACGCCACAGGACACUGCCCCUGCUGGCCUUCGGAUGGCGAAUGAGCCGACGCUCAUGCACACGAGUGGCCGUCCCAUCCGUGUGCUGGCACUCGAUGUCGGCAUGAAGCAAAACCAGAUCCGGUGUUUCACAUCACGAGGUGUCGAGCUUAAGGUCGUGCCGUUCGACCAUGAUAUCCUGACUGAGCCUGAGCCAUACGACGGCUUGUUCAUCUCGAACGGGCCGGGCGAUCCCAUGCAGUGCACGCAGACGAUCCAGCGUCUGCGCGCGCUCCUGGCGCGCACGUCGGAUGUGAUCCCGAUCUUUGGUAUCUGUCUUGGCCACCAGCUGCUAGCCCUCGCUGCUGGCGCUCAGACGACCAAAAUGAAGUAUGGUAACCGCGGACAGAACAUCCCUUGCACAAGCCAGCUCUCGGGUCGUUGCUACAUCACUUCGCAGAACCAUGGAUAUGCUGUUGAUGCGCAAUCCCUUCCUGACGGCUGGGCCGAGCUGUUUGUCAAUGCGAACGACCACAGCAACGAAGGCAUUUACUGCACGCAUGCGCCGUUUUUCAGUGUGCAAUUCCACCCAGAAAGCACGCCUGGACCACGUGACACUGAAUUCCUAUUUGAUGUGUUUGUGCGCUCGGUAGUGGACAACGCGGCUGUGCGCCACUCGGCACACAGCGGCGGCAACGCGUUGACACUGGCACCCGUCGCUUUCCCUGGGGGCCGCCGCGCCGACCACGAAGCAGCGUUCCCGCGCCUGCACCCGAAGAAGGUGCUGGUGCUGGGCAGUGGCGGUCUCAGCAUUGGCCAGGCUGGUGAGUUUGACUACAGUGGCUCGCAGGCGAUCAAGGCGCUGAAGGAAGAGGGGAUCUACACGGUGCUGAUCAAUCCCAACAUUGCAACGAUCCAGACCUCAGCGGGUCUAGCCGACAAGGUGUACUUCUUGCCAGUGACGCCGGAGUUUGUGCUGAAGGUCUUGCGUCACGAGCGCCCUGACGGCAUCUACUGCACGUUUGGUGGCCAGACAGCUCUGAAUGUGGGCAUCCACCUGAAGGACGAGUUUGAGAAGCUGGGCGUGCUGAACCUCGGCACACCUAUCGAUACCAUCAUCAAGACCGAAGACCGCGACUUGUUUGCGCGUGCGAUGGAAGAGAUCGGCGAACGGUGUGCACCGUCAGCCAGUGCGAACACGUGGGACGAGGCGCUUCAGGCGGCGCACAACAUUGGCUUCCCUGUGAUCGUGCGAGCGGCCUUUGCGCUGGGCGGUCUGGGCUCUGGCUUUGCGAAGAACGAGGACGAGCUGCGGCGCCUGUGCCACACAGCGUUUGCGAACAGUCCACAGGUGCUUGUGGAAAAGAGUAUGCGUGGCUGGAAAGAAGUCGAGUACGAAGUGGUGCGUGACUGUCGGGACAACUGCAUUACUGUGUGCAACAUGGAGAACUUUGAUCCACUCGGUGUGCACACGGGUGAUUCGAUCGUCGUCGCGCCCAGUCAGACACUGUCCGACGAGGACUACAACAUGCUGCGCACGACGGCCGUGAAUGUGAUUCGGCAUCUCGGCGUCGUGGGUGAGUGCAACAUCCAGUAUGCGCUGAAUCCCCACUCGCGCGAGUACUGUAUCAUUGAGGUGAACGCGCGUCUGUCUCGGUCAUCGGCUCUGGCAUCGAAGGCGACGGGCUAUCCCCUAGCGUUCGUCGCCGCCAAGCUGGGUCUCAACAUUCCACUGAACGAGCUGCGCAACUCGGUGACGCGCGAGACGUGUGCAUGCUUCGAGCCCAGUCUCGACUACGUGGUGACUAAGAUCCCCCGUUGGGACCUGCGCAAGUUCAUGCGCGUGAGCUCGAAGCUGGGCAGCAGCAUGAAGAGUGUGGGCGAGGUGAUGGCCAUUGGUCGCACAUUCGAGGAAAGUGUGCAGAAAGCCAUCCGGUCGGUCGAUCCGUCGUUUGCUGGUUUCAGCGAGAAUGAUAUGGUCGAUGAUGCCGAGAUCGACGAAGAGCUCGAGUUCCCGACGGACCGACGCAUCUUUGCUGUGGCCAAUGCGCUCGCACGUGGUCGGUCUGUCGAGCACAUCCACAAGCUGAGCAACAUUGACCGCUGGUUCCUGCGCAAGCUCGAGGGCAUCAUUGCUGCCGCCAAGGCCAUGGAGCACAGCGGCGCAGCGCAGAUUCCAGCGGACUUGCUUCGUCGUGCGAAGCAGCUGGGCUUCUCGGACCACCAGAUCGCCAAGUACUCCGCCAGCACGGAGCUCGCCGUGCGACGCAGACGGCAGGAGCUGGGCAUCACGCCGUUCGUGAAGCAGAUCGACACAGUCGCAGCCGAGUUCCCUGCGCAGACGAACUACUUGUACACAACGUACCACGCCGUGGAGCAUGAUCUGAACUUUGAGGACCACGGCGUCAUGGUACUGGGCUCUGGUGUGUACCGGAUUGGCUCCGGCUUCAAGACGGUCAUGGUGAACUACAACCCCGAGACCGUGUCGACCGACUACGAUGAGGCGGACCGACUGUACUUUGAGAACAUCUCGCUCGAGACCGUGAUGGACAUUUAUGAGAUGGAGCAGUCGACGGGCGUGGUGAUUUCGAUGGGUGGCCAAACGCCGAACAACAUUGCGUUGCCGCUGCACCGCCAAGGUGUCAAGAUCCUCGGAACGUCGCCGGAGAUGAUCGACAAUGCAGAGAACCGAUACAAGUUUUCCCGCAUGCUCGACCGAUUGGGCGUGGACCAGCCCAUGUGGAAGGAGCUCUCAUCGUUCGAAGACGCACACAAUGCAUGUGCUCGCUUCGGCUAUCCGGUCCUCGUGCGUCCAUCAUACGUGCUGAGCGGUGCUGCGAUGAACGUCGUGUACUCAGCCGAGGACCUGAGCAGCUAUCUGUCGCAGGCGACGGCCGUGAAUCGCGAGCACCCCGUCGUUAUCACCAAGUAUCUCGAGGGUGCCAAAGAGAUUGAAAUGGACGCAGUCGCCAAAGACGGCAAACUCAUCAUGCACUACGUCUCGGAGCAUGUGGAGAAUGCUGGCGUGCACUCCGGUGACGCGACGCUCAUCCUGCCGCCGCAGGACCUCGAGAUCGAGACUGUGCGCCGCAUCGAGCAUGCGACAAGCAUGAUUGUCGAGGCGCUGAAUGUCACAGGGCCGUGCAACAUCCAGUUCAUCGCCAAGAACAACGAAAUCAAGGUCAUCGAGUGCAACGUGCGUGCAGCGCGCUCGUUCCCCUUCGUGUCGAAGGUGACGAAUGUGGAUGCGAUUGAAAUGGCCACGUGUGCGAUGAUGGGUCUCCCUGUCGAGCCGUACCCACAGGUCGACUUGCCGAAGGACUAUGUCGGCGUCAAAGUGCCGCAGUUCUCGUUCUCGCGUCUGAGUGGCGCCGAUCCCAUUCUGGGCGUCGAGAUGGCAUCGACCGGUGAGGUGGCGUGCUUCGGCCGCAAUAAGUACGAGGCGUACUUGCGUGCGCUGCUUGCGUCGGGCAUCCGCAUGCCGACGAACAAUGUGCUGCUGAGUGUUGGUCCGUUCAGCGAGAAGCAGGAACUCCUGCCGUCUGUGCGCACACUGCACCAGCUUGGCUUUACGCUGUACGGCUCGUCUGGCACGGCCGACUUUUACUCGGAGAACGGCAUCCCCGUCAUCCACCUCGAGGCACUGCCCGAAGACGAGGACUGGCGCGGCGACGAGAGCAGCAAGGCAUCGUACUCGCUGCUGACGCACCUGACACAGGGCCGUAGCUCGCUGUUUAUCUCGCUUCCCAGCAAGAACAAGUACCGCCGUCCGUCGUCGUUCACAUCGAUGGGCUACCGCGCGCGUCGUCUGGCCAUUGACCGCUCGAUUCCGCUCGUCACGAACGUCAAGAACGCCAAGCUCUUUGUUGAGGCGCUCGCCGUUCAUCGCCGCCUGGGCAACUCGUUCGAUAUUCUGCCAGUCGAUGCAAAGACGUCGCACAAGACGUGCACGUUCCCAGGCUUUGUCGAGCUGCAGGCGUUUGUCCCAUCGAUGGGCGCUGCGCUUACCAAGCAGCAUGUGGCUGAGUACACGCGUGCGGCUGCACGGGGCGGCUUUACGUCGAUCGUCUGCUCGCCAGUCGGCAGCGUCGGCAGCGACAGCAGCACCAUGUCUGCCAUUGUCGAUGAGGAAUCGCUGAGUGCCGCGGAAGCUGCCCUCGAUGGCCAGUGCUGCGUCGAUGUGUCGCUCACGCUCCUUGCGACGCCCGAGCAUGUCGGAGAGCUGCCGCACCUGUCGUCGCGUGUGCGUGCGCUGUUCGUUUCAUACUCGGGCUCGGCCCGCGAACACAGCUUGCGGCCCGCGAACGUGGCGAACUACUUCGCCCACUGGCCGGAAGACAAGCUCAUCCUCACGGAUGCUUGUGGCGCAGAUCUUGCGUCGGUGCUCCUGCUGGCCAGCUUGCACAACCGCCCGCUCCAUGUGACGAAUGUGCGUUGCUCCGACGACGUGCAGCUCAUCGCGCUUUCGAAGGCCAAGGGGCUGCGUGUCACGUGCGAUGUGCCUGUGCACGCGCUCUUCUUCUCGAAUGACAUGUAUCCCAUGGCGUCGUGCCUGCCGUCGGCACAGGACCAGGCCGCGCUUUGGGACCACAUCGAGGACAUUGAUGCCUUCUCGAUGGGCCCCGUGCCGUGGGAGCUUGCGACCCAGGUGGGCCACGAGCCCUUGCCGACGAUCGGCACGGACGACGCCGUGCGCAUGUUGCUGAAUGCGGUGAACGAGGGCCGUUUGACCAUCGACCAUAUCACGUCCCGGCUGGGCACAAACCCACGCAUGAUUUUCCAGCUGCCGGAGCAGCCAGAGACGCACGUGUUCGCUGAAAUUGACCGCAUUGAGCACCACCACCAGCACCACGACCAAGAUGGGCGCCCUGCAUGGUCGCCACUCGAUACGGCCUCACUCCGUGGCACGAUCAACCGUGUCGAGCUGCGUGGCAAGACCCUCAUGCUGGACGGCAAGCUGCGUGCGAACGUGCCUCUCGGCUCAAACGUUAGUGCGCUUGAGCAGCCACGCAUCUCUACGGGCGCAGCACCCGCUGCGUCGUCGACCGUGGGCGGCGCGGCCGCUUCCACCAUGGCUGGCGGUGCUGCUUCCUCGGGUGUGGCUGGUACCGGCCUAAGCGGCCUGGACGUGCCUGUGUCGCCAUCCAUUGCGUUGCGCUCGCCACGCCGCCGUCCGCUCGUGGCAGGUGCCACGAGGCAGCCGUCCCAGAUCGACGAGCUGCGUCUCGAGCCAGUGGCUGGUCCUGCGCCAGUGACGCGUCUCUCGCUGUACCAUGGGUCGUUCUCGCGCCGCCACAUUCUCUCGGUGCGGCAGUUCACGCGCGACGAUCUCCAUGCCCUCUUUGCCGUUGCGCAGGAGAUGCGUUUCCUUGUGCAGCGCAACGGCACACUAGAUGUGCUGCGUGGCCACAUCCUUUGCACGCUGUUCUACGAGGAGUCGACACGCACUUCGGCAUCGUUUGAGGCGGCUAUGCUCCGCUGUGGUGGCCAGGUCGUGUCGAUCAACACGUCGCGCUCGUCUGUCGCCAAGGGCGAGACACUCGCCGACACAGUACGCACGCUGGGCUGCUACGGCGAUGCCGUGGUGCUUCGGCACCCGGCUGUUGGCUCGUCGCAGGAGGCCGCGAAAUUCUCGCCCGUGCCCGUCAUCAAUGCCGGUGACGGCGUUGGCGAGCACCCGACGCAGGCACUGCUCGAUGUGUUCACCAUUCGCGAAGAACUCGGCACAGUGAACGGUCUCACUGUGACUCUGCUUGGUGACUUGAAGAACGGCCGCACCACACACUCACUCGUGCGUCUUCUGUCGCACUACGGUGUUCGCGUGAACUUUGUGAGCCCGCCAUCGCUUGCAAUGCCACGCGAAGUCAUCCGCGAGGUCGUGAAGCAUGGCAUGGCCGUGUACGAGACGUCGAAUCUCGACGAAGUCAUUGGCACAACAGAUGUGCUGUAUGUAACGCGGAUCCAGCGCGAGCGCUUUGCGUCCCAGGACGAGUACGAGGCCGUCAAAGGCUGCUACGUCGUGAACAACGAUGUCCUUGCUCGCGCAAAGCCUGACUUGGCCGUGCUGCAUCCCCUGCCGCGUGUGGAUGAAAUUGAUCCCGAGGUCGACUUUGACAUCAAGCGUGCGGCGUACUUCCGCCAGAUGCGCUGUGGCCUGUACAUCCGCAUGGCGCUCUUAGCCAUGGUGAUGCAAUCCAGCGACCGGUCGUAA